CUACUCUGGUGCAUAGCUGACCUGGGGCCAGUGGUAUAACAUUAUAGGAAAUAUAAGGACGAAACCUUUCUCAUUCACUUCAAUCGUUCUUCAGAUGAAGAUAGCGGAAGGCUGAGGAUAUUUCGACAUGGACAAAAAGGAUUAUAGCAGUUUUCCUAUGGAUUUGAAGGAAGACACGGAUUUUCCCCAACUCUGGGACGCCGUUCUGGAAAGGGACACAACUAAAUGUCAAACACUGCUGCAAGGAAAUUCUAACCUGAAGAAAAAACUCAAUAUAAGGAAGAACAAAUCAUCUCUUUUGCAUUUACUUACAAGCAGAAUAACAAAGGAAGAGGGAACCGACAUUGUAAAGUUGCUCCUAGACAACGGGGCCGAUGUCCGAGCAGAAGACAAGGGUAAAAACAGCCCCCUUCACUUAGCCGCGAAGAGAGGACUGGAAAAGUUCUGCCAAACGCUCAUUGAAUUCCAGGAGGCGCAAGGAUCGAGUCCUAGACUGAAUGCGAAGAACGCGAAGGGGAUGACGCCGAUGCACAUGGCGUCCGAAAUGGGACAUUCCAAAAUUGUGAAAAUAUUCCUAGACAAGAAAGCGGAUCCUAAUGUAGUUGAUAAUGAUAAUUGGCUGCCCCUUCAUUAUGCAGUAAUGGGAAAUUGCAUUCACUGUUGCACGCUGUUGUUUCCUCUUUAUGCAGGAGACGAAUUUCUUAAGUCAUCCAAGAUAUCCCCGCUCAUGCUGGCCGCUCAGAAGGGAUUUCAUAGAUGCCUUGCAGUGAUGUCUGGGGGAAAAGUAGAUACCAACAGAAAAUUCCCAAACGAAAACACAGCAUUACAUGUGGCUGCAAAGUCAAAUUAUAAAUUUUGUGUCAUGGAGCUUGUAGGAAUGGGAAGUGAUAUUAACGCAGAGAACAAAAGUGGAAACACUCCAAUAAUGGAAGCAACCAAAACAGGCUCUUUGCAUGCUGCGGAAUUUUUGGCUGAGACGAACGCUAAAUUAAACACCAAGAACAAAGAAGGCAAAAAUCUCCUCCAUUUAGCCACUUGGCAUGGAUCCGGGGAGUGCAUGAACUUUUUCCUUAACAAAGUCACAAAGAAGGAAGAAAUCACAAAAAUGAUUGAUGAACAAGAUUGUCAUGGAUAUACACCUCUUCAUUAUGCUCUCAAGAAGAGUGGAGAGAAGAAUGCUCUGCUGUUACUGGACGCCGGUGCUUCCCUUAAGAUGAAAUCCAGGAACAGCAAUAAGACUUGCUUACACUUGGCAGUAGAAAAUCACAAAAGUGCCGCUGUCAAAAGAAUCUUGAAAAGUGAAGACUUCGAACUGGACGCCGAAAUAAGGACUAAAGAGACACCGUUCCUCCUCUCAGCCAAACUAGACUCGGACGACAUAUGCCUCCAGCUCUCUUAUGAAGGUCCUCAAAAGAAUGCGGUCAAUAUGUAUGGGCAGACGGCUCUUCAUCUAUGCGCUCAGUAUGGGCAUCCGUCUGUAAUGACACUAUUGCUCAAGCUCGGCGUAAAUAAAUUUGUCAAGGAUGAAAAUGGCUCAGAAGCCCUGCAUACUGCCGCAGCGAGGGGGGAUGUUGAGUGCUGUCGAUUGCUCAUGGAAGCUGGUAAAAUGACCUGCAAAGUUCAGGAUAACAGUGGUAGAUAUCCACUCGACAUUGCUUUUGAACAAGGUCAUCGUGAUGUGUUCAAUUUUCUUCUGAACACUCUGCCCUAUAAGUCUUACCGAAAGCUGCCAAGUGGACUGCGAAUAGCCAUCCGGUCUAUUGCUCACGCCGCUUUGAAAAACCGAACCAGAUGGGCGGUGGAAGGAGUGAUUAACAGCGAGCUCUGGGAGGCCGGCUUCGGAGCGUCCGUGGUCAGCAAAGCAAAUAGGAAUGUACCUUGCGACAACUUCAGGACUCUGAUCAUCCGUUAUCCGGAUCUCGCCCGAAAGGUCAUGGACAAGUGCAUCAGCAUCAAUUCCGUCACCGAGAAUACCUUCUAUGACUUCAGGAUUUUCGAAGACAACUUCUUCAUUGAGAAAGAUAUUAAGAAAAGUCCAUUCGACUCAAAAUGGGAGCUCUUACCCGAGGCGGAAGACCUGUAUCCUGAUAAAACAGAAUGGAAAAUAGAACAUCCGAUAAACAUUAUGUCAGGGAGUGAGUCUGUCCAUCUGCUUCAGCAUCAGUUAACGGUGGCAUGGUUAAAGCAUAAAUUUGUGACGUACUUGUGGCUUCCGUUUAUGCUGAUACUACUCGUUCAGUCGUUUUGUGCAUUCGCGCUCAUGGGGUAUAUGUGGACAGUCCGGACGUGGGAGCAGUUGGCAAGAGAAAAGAACAUGACAGUCGAAGAAAUAUGUGCUGAACAACCGGACUUCCUCAAGGAUACAGAUACAACGAAAGCAUUCUAUUCACUUUCAGUAAUCCUGUUUUUGUGUGAUAUGGUGAUAGAAGUUCUUUGUAUGGUGCGCUUACGAGUGGACAAGUACGGUUCCAUUGGAGCAAGAUGCUUUGUUUUGAUUUCCGCAGCCUUGACUUUGGCUCUGCUCGUCCCGUUCCCCCACUGCGGCUUGGUCAGCCUGGGAGUAAGAUGGGUUUACCUUUGGCAGUGCGGCAUUUUGUCAAUUCUGGUGAUGUGGAGCCGCUUCGGGAAAACAGUGAACAAAUUACCUUUUGCAUCAGUUUUUACGCCAGUGACUCGGGAGUUUGUGCUUACCUUUCUCAAGGCCGUAUUCUAUGUACUGUCGGUAGUAUCCCUCUUUGCUUACACUUUCUUCUUACUGUUUUCAGAACACGCAGCUUUCAGUUCAAUAUAUCAGGCAUGGGUGAAAUCUGUGACGUGGAUGUUUGGAGAUCUCGGUUACGAUGAUACAUUCGUAGAGCAGCCAGUUCACUAUCCAGUCUUUUCCAAUGUUCUUUUUCUCGUUUUCCUGUUAAUCAUUGGUACUAUGAUUGUCACACUGGUGAAGAGUCCUGCAACUGAUGAAAAAGAAGUGGAACACCAAAGGCUGGUGGUAUUUGCACAAAUGAUCCUGAAAUUUGACGUGAGUUUUCAGUGCUGUAGAAAAAAGGUAGUUAACAGUGGAACAACCAAUCUAGGUUUUAUGCAGAAACUGAAGAAAAAAGUGUUUGAAGACUGUUAUCGAUUCUGCAGAAGGCGCAAUGUUGUCGGCAAACUCCAUGGUACUACAUACAGUUUCGUGUUUCAUCUUCAGAAACGUUUGCUGCAGUCUUUCCUAGGCCCUUGGCUUGUUGAGACAUCGUUAAACCAAAACAAUACUGAUGGAGGUAACAGAAAUGAAGAAAUUACUUGUAAAUUAGAUGAAAUUAUGGGUAUGUGCAAUCGUAUUGUUGACAGUAUUCGAAAGCAUGAAGAUGAAAUUUCACGGCUAACCCAGAGGCAGCUGGAAGACUAAACACCUGCAUACGGUAGAACUCACAGUUCGAAAGUUAGGUCUUGUUAUUACGAGUUUCUAUUCGCAAUUAUAUAGCAUUAUACAUUUCUGUUUUACAUUGUUGUAGUUCAUAAUUUACACAUGAUUUGAUAGAUAAGCCCUGGUAGUAGAGACAUUUGUUCCCACGACUUUCUAAACUUUUUUGUGCCACAAACACGGUAUCUUCUGAAAGAAUCGCUCGGGUAAGAAUAGAAAGUUGGGGAACAUGCCACUAUCAACUGUGAGUGCUUUGUGCUACUGAAUAUGGGUCUUCUGCCCAUCACUGCACAUCACUUAUUAACCUAGACAGACUGGCGGAUGGUGUGACU